AAGAAAAAAAAAGAAAAAGGUAUUCAUUUAUAUCAAUUUGGAUCCAAAAUCUUCCCUCGACACAAUGAAUAAACCCAAAAUCUACUCGAAUCAAAGUGAGGAAGAGGCCAUGGAUGCGAGCAACCACGCCGACGAGUUCAAUCCUACCACAAACUGGAAUCUCGCCGUCGGUUCUCUCACAGAUUCCAUCUCCUUUGAGUCCUCCUUCACCGCGAACCACGAAUCUGACGACGGAACCGCCGUCGAUCAUAUCGCCAAGUCCCCGCUACUUCUACUCCCUCCGGUUCCCAACGGCGAGCCUUGUGAAAUUACAAUAACAUUUGCACAAGAGCAUGAAUUAAGGCAAGUUUAUAUCCGAAGUAGUGCUCGAGUAUACGAAGUGUAUUUCACGAAAAAGCGGCGUCAUGGCUCUAAGGAAUACUUGUGUACAGUUCGAUGUGGUGUUGCAGUGAGAGAUGGACGAACGACCGAAGAUGAUUGGGUUGAAGUGAAAGCUGGUGAUGAUUCUCUCUUGAAUGCUGCACAAGGUCUGCUUCCAAUGGUACAAUCAGGAAAACAGGAUUUGUAUGAAGCUACUGCGGAGAUCAAUGAUGUGGAACCUUGCACUUCGAUUACAGUCCGUCUUCUCUCUCUUCAGGAUAAAAGAUGUGCACUUGUUGAUGAAGUAUAUGUGUUUGCUGAUCCUGUUGAUCCAAGUGAGUCAGAGCAAGAAGAAGCAAGUGGAGCAGGAAAUUCAUCCAGUAGUUCGUUGAUGGCUAUGUUUAUGCCCGCUAUUUUGCAGCUCUCUCGAGGAAAAGAUGUUAGAAAAGAACGAGAUACACAAGUUUCUUCUGACAAGUCCAACAGCACUAACCCAUUAGGAUACUCAAAUGACUCAGAUAAGAUCGUGCAUGAAAUUCACCAGGAGAUAAAUUUCAGUAAAUUAGCUGAUCAAAUGGGAGUGAGCCCACCUCCAGUGUUAGUUGAUACUCUUUCUAAGCGAGUAUCUGGAGAAGAAAUCAGACCUGCUAUAUCUUGCAGUAGUAUGGAGACUAUCCUGUAUGAUCUUGUUAACAAGGUAAGCAGAAUAGAAACUAUCUUGACAAGAUUUGAAGAUCAGAUGUUGAAACCUAUCAACAGUAUUGAUGCAAGGCUCCAGCUCGUAGAGAAGAAACUCGAACAGCUAGGAAAGAAAUCUUUUGAAUCUGAAUUGGUUUGUCAAACGAGAAUACCCAAUCCAGAUGCUCUGGGCACUGACACAGAUAAAAUUCCUGAUACCGAUGAGUUUGAUGGAUUGACUAGAAGCACUGAUAAUCCAAAAUUAGUUUCUUGUACAAGAGUAGUUGUCCCUGAAUCCUCUGUUGAAGAUGACGCGGUUGUACUACCAAAGAACAGGCUGGAAGAACUGGAGAGUGGAAAUAGCUCAAUCUCAGGAAAUGAGAUGAUUUCUACUGAACCUGAGAUCAGUAAUGAGGAGGUUGGUCAUUCUUUUGAAGAGAAACCAAAACGUUCGUUGUCUAUAAAUGAUGCUUUAGCAUCUGCACUUGCUGGAUUGUUGUCUUCACAUUCGAUCACGGAUGGAAAAUACAGCAAAGCCCUCGUAGUUACAGCCCCAGAGUUUUUAAAUGAAGAUGAUGAGGAGGAGAUCGAAGAGAAACCUCAGACGAAUGGCCAUCCAGACAAAAGCCAAGUUGCAGCCGAGUUGGGAAACACGCACUCUACCUUGGGGAGCCCAACUUUUUCACAGGAAGAGGCUGAAACUACUCCAUGUAUCAAAGAUGGUUCUCAGGAAAUGAUAUAUGGAGUUUCUAGAAAACUGGAUGAUAGUUUUGGAGGGGAUGAGGAAGCUGAGACAGUGGUUAGCAUUAGGGACAAUGCUUUAGAUGAAGAGAUGUUUACAUCAAGCACAAAAGCUGAUUGUUACAUAGAGAAGGAGAACCUCAGUGAUAAGCCCAGGGAUUCCGAUUCCUGGAGUCACGAGCUCAAGAAUCCAAAUGUGACUACUGCAAAAUGCAAAGGAGAGCCUGGAAUGGAUGAUGUCUUGAAGAGUGUUUUCGGUCUUCAACCGACUACUUCUUCAGUCGAUUUCCUAACUCCAGUCCUGGAUGUGAGAUUUAUUUCAGAGAGUCAAGACUCAGAUAGCAAAGGUUUCUUUGAGGCACUCUUCACUGAAGAUUCCAAGACUGAUGUAGAUUGCAAGAACGAAGCUUAUUAUGAUAACUUAGUCUCAUUGGAAGAUGAAGAAGAACUCAAAGGACCACCAACAGAUACCCUUUCGUCUGUGGAGAUGGAUCACUAUGAGACGAAUGAGAUGCAUCUACACUUGAAUGAUGAAAUAUCAGAAGCAAGUUUGAUAUAACGGAGAAAGUAAAUGCCCGCAUUUUCCUGAUAAAUACAUUCUGAGGUUUUUGCUCUGUUGGAGUCUAGAGGGUAGUGUUGAAAGAAGUUGUAAGGUUUAAUGAUACUAGGUGAUGAUUGAACUCUGGUGGAUUAUUAUUAGUCAUACAAAUAACCUUGUAGACUUGUAAUUAUAAACUAUUGUAGCAGAACAAAAUAAGUUUCUAAACAUGCGUGUUAAUUGAA